GUCCGCCGCUGCUCACUUAUCUAAUUUAAUUUCCAGUGAUACUCAAAUUACUACCGUUCUCAGGGCGGUACUUGAAAAAAAUCAACUAAGUAACUUCCGCGAAUCUUUAAAUAAAUUAAUAAAAAGCUCUGAGGUAGAAAUCGAAAGAUUAUGCAAAUUGCAUUAUCAAGAUUUUCUUGCGUCAUUAAACGAAAUAACUCAAAUAAAACAAGAGAUUUCUCAACUACGUUUAGACUUAAAGGGCGUUAAUAGUAAGCUACAGGAAACAGGAUUCAAACAACUGACUCUUUCUACAAAUCUAUUGCAAAAUAGAGAAGUUUUGAAAAAUAUCGCACUUUCUGCGGAGGCUUUAGAUAACUGCUUACCCGUCUUGAAGACUUAUGGAAAAGUGCUUCAGCAUCUUAAUUCUAAGCGAUACUACCAGGCUUUAAAGGCUUUAAGACAAAUGGAAGCGUUUCUCCCAAAAAUUCAAGGUUUUAGCCUGCACGAGCUCGUACAAGAUAGUAUCCCCACAAUUCGAGAAUCUGUGAGGAGUGCGGUAAUUUCUGAUCUUCAAGAUUGGAUGGAGGAUAUUGUGGUAUCCAGAGCCAGUGAAAUUGGAAAUACUAUAAUCAAUCAUUUUUUUCGGUUACGCCAAGAAAAUCAAUCAUCCAACAGCUUUUUAGGAUUUUCAGAUGUCCCUGACAUUGGGAAGCUCGUAGACUGCACUCCGCUUUACCGCUGCUUGCGCGUGUUUGAAGUGUUCCGGAUUAGUUCGGAUGUCCAAUUAUUUUAUAAGGACGCCAUAAAGAAACAAAUCGUAAUCAUCUUGAACAAUCCUGGCAUCUCUGAGCUGACUCCGCUAGAAAGAUGUCGUGCUUUGCUUGCUAGGAUUAUGGGAUUCUUUAUUGUGCUGGACAGCGUGCAAACCACGACUGAAAAAUUUAUAACUAAAGUUUUUGUCGAUGACUUAUGGAAUUCUGCUUUAGAUAGACUCGCCAGUUCUUCAUUACAGCAAGAAAUGGAAAAGUGUACUGAUAAAGAUCAGCUGCUUGAGCUGAAGAAUAAUCUUGAAGCCUUCAGUACAGGGAUGCAAGCCUACCAGUAUAGCGUGCAUCGUCUCCAAGGCAUCUACGAAAAUGCGAAAGAGCGUUAUGAUUACCUUCUGAUCCUUGAAUUUCGUGCUUUAAUAGGAAAUAUAUUAAUGAAAGACUACAGUCAUCUUCUAGUGAUUCUAGAUGCUCGCGAAUGGGAAGAAAAAAUCAAACCGUUUAAUUUUCAAGCCAAACCAUUUCAGUUAACAGACGAUGUGUUUCCGAAAAGUCUUUCGUUUUCCGAACUUCUUCUUGAACUUUUUGCGGCUCUUCAAGAAUUUGCGGAUUGUUCGUUAACGUUUGCUAAAAAAAUCGAACCUGCCGGCGAGCCCGCCAGCGACGAUAUUUUUGCAUCCAUUGAAAAGCUAUGCGCAGUUUCCAUUUCGCCGGCAGUCAAGCGUAUGAUCCAAUUGAAGAUCAACAAUGCCUGCGGAGCCACUAAUGCAAUAGAUUUUGAGCAAAACUCACAAAUCAUUGCAGUUACGUCUACAAGUUUGCGGUGUCUCCCGCUGAUUCUUCCCGGUUUGUGCUUGUAUAUACGACGCAGAGAAGAAGACUCCAGCAAAGCAUCGCUACAAAAUGAUCCAGAGGAACUUUCCGACGUUUCAUUCGAGAACAGAUUCAAGAGUUUUUACGAGAUUCGCGAAUACGUGGAUGCCGCUGUACCUGCUUUUUUGAAGGCGGUAGUCCAAAAGCAGUUUUCUAUGGCGGAUUACAUUUGGUGUCCGUCCGCUGCUGACGUUUUUCCCAGUAAAUACAUCAACGAUCUUGUCUUUCGCUUGUCGAUGACGCUCGGCCCCUUCGCUAUUCUUCCGAGGCAUGUAGUAAAAGACGCUUAUAACGAGGCUGCCCGCACAAUGGCCGCGGAAUUUCUCGCACUUAUAACGGAAGUAAGACCAGACAAACUUUUAAGGGAGCAUCCCGCCACGAAAAUCAAUUUUCUGAUUUUUUAUAAACUCGAACAAGACGUAAUCAUGUGCGAAGGGUUUUGUGAUUCUUGCGAGGAGCCGCAGUUAAAAAUUCUGUUUGAGGGCGUCAGACAGUUGAUACAACUUUUCAAACUUAAAGAUUUUGAUAAUUUUGUAAAUUCCAACCAUCGGCAGAGAAAGUACGCCAAAUUAAAACUUGAACACGUGAUAGCCGUACUGGAGAGACUCCUUGCGGAUUCUGGAGGACAAAUUGGGAUAAGCCGAUUAUGGGGGAGCGACAAAGAAAAGUCCACGCUGGAAAGCGCCUUACAGAGACUUAUCCAGGAAAAGGCCUUUAUAAGAGAAAAACAGUGAAUUGCUCGAUUCUCUUAAAUUAUAAUAAAAAAAUU